AUGGUCGGGAGGUGGCCCUUCCAGCAGACGAGCGACUUGUCUGACGAUGAGCAACACAACCAAACCUUCGAGGCUGCCGGGGCUGGUGCCUCGCUCACCUACCCCAUGCAAUGUUCCGCCUUACGUAAGAACGGGCACGUUGUUAUCAAGGGCAGACCUUGCAAAAUCGUCGACAUGUCCACCUCCAAGACCGGUAAACACGGCCACGCCAAAGUCCAUUUGGUCGGCAUAGAUAUCUUCACCUCCAAGAAAUACGAAGAUAUCUCCCCAUCCACCCACAACAUGGAUGUGCCCAACGUCAGCCGAACUGAAUACCAGCUUGUCAACAUCGAAGACGGUUUCCUCAACCUCAUCACCACCGAUGGAGUCUCCAAGGAUGACGUCAAGGUCCCCGAGGGCGAGAUUGGUGACGACAUCCAAGCCCAAUUCGACGCUGGUAAAGAUCUCUACUGCACCAUCACUGCCUCCAUGGGUGAAGAAAUGUGCCUUGCGUUCAAGGAAGCCCCCAAGUCAUAG